AUCGCCAGUCCCAUUUCCCUUAUCUGUUUGCGUUGCAACGGGCGAUAAGGGGUUCUGCUAAACAAAGCCACGCACGAACCUUCCGUCAUAUCAGCCAGCUGGGAAACGCGGCGGCCUGUGCCUGUGUCACCGCUCCUUCGCUUGGCUUUUCACCAGCCUGUAAAAAUAACGCGCUCCGUGCGCCAGAUUCCCACCCCAGGCCUCUAGCCUUUUAAACUUCUCCCACGUCCAUCAUGGCCACGCAUCACGUUCGUCACCUGUCCCAUCAGUCCAAGAAGUCGCUGCCAGCGCACGCACGGCCCGCCCGGCCUCUGUCAAAGCGCACGCAAUCCCACGGCUCCAAGGCGGCCCCUCUCAAAGCCACUCCCUGCAAAGAGGCCGACAUUGUCGACGACGACGAAGACUCGAUGGCCGUGAGCUUCCUGAACUACUGCACCGUUUGCGAGAAGCAAAUUGUGGUUCCCAGUAACUCGGUGCUCUACUGCUCCGAAAGCUGCAAGAAGAAGGACUCGGAGAAGACGCUCGACUACUACUACUACGACCACUACUCGCCCCCCACGACGCCCUUUGCCGCCUGCUCCUUUGACGACCUGGUCUUCCGCGACAUUGUCCCCCAGCGCUCGCCUACCCAGUCCGACUCCAAACGCUCGUCAUGCACCUUCUCCGACAUCUCGUCCGACGACAACACGGACGAGCGCCAUCACUCGGAUGCCUCAAAGUACCUGCGCAAACUCCACUUCACCCCUGCCUACCUCCCUGACACUGCCCGCCCCUACCGACCCCGUUACAGCCGUGCAUCCACCUCGCAAUUCAGCCUUAGCGCCGCUCCUUCGUUGUCUCACACGCCGGCUUCAUCCGUAAGCUACUCGCUGCCAUAUACGCCCGCCACCACGCGCCCUCUUCCCCCCAGGACCAAGCCCUCGGGCAAUGGAUCCUAUGGUGCUGCAAAGUCAAUCGACCUGGUCAUGCCCGUCACCGCCCCUUCGAGUCCCAAGUCUCCCAAGUCCUACUCGCACAAGUCGCCGGCCGUAUCAAGGACCUCGAUAAGCACCAUCGAGGGGGAAAUCGUCUACGCAAAGUCACCCGUCCCCGAGCCUUCCGUCGCCAGCGGCAGCCUCGGUCGAUUACUUGCCUCAUCACCUCGCAAGGCCUAGGCCCCCCCUUAACCUACUACGAUUCGUUUUUGUGUUUGUCCACUUGGGCUCUAUUUUUUUGGUUUUGUUUUAAUAGACCAUGACCACAAGGUCAUCUGCUAUGCAGGACGUAGCCCCUUAGAGGUUUAUGAAAGGCGGUCCCAUAAUCCUCUUGCACUCAAAAGUUUUACUAGCAAUAUACCAAGAAUUUUGUUUUUUGUUGUUUGUUUGAUAGAUACCUUGCUACCUAGAUGAGGGUAGUGAAUGAUGACGGAAAGGAAGCGGUGGAGUAGAUAGAU